GCGAUAUCGAGUAUUGACUCUCAUAAAUCUCAGAUUGUCUUCACAAAUUACAAAACUUAGAUUUCAUAUAACUCGAUCUUUUGUCUCUCUUCUUCUACUGUUGGAGCUCCAGGUAGAUCAGGCUUGGGUCCUUCACCUUUACUUGUUCCUUAACUUGUUGAGAGUUCCUUCAUCUGCAAGUGUGUUUAUAUCAUCAGCAUUAUCUCAUUGAUUUAGGAGGCCAGGGAAUGCUGAAAGAUGUGCGUGAAGGUCCAGAAGCCAUCUUCUGAGGUCCCUGGUGAUUCUGCAUCUCUACAACUCACCAUUUUCAUUCUUGAUGAGACUGGCUACAGUGCGUCCAACUCAUUACAUCCUUGCUCCACAACCCAAAAUUACACAAGACCUGCUACUUUGGUACAUGAUCUGUGUGAAGACGGUUGAGCUUCUUUGUAGGAAAAGUCUGUAAGAUCAGGUAUAGUUUCAUUUUGUUUUGUGUUUUAAGGUAUAAUAUAUAAAGAAUAUGGAUAUUAGAGGAAGCGUUCUUAUGGAAAGAUACGAGUUAGGGAGAUUACUCGGCCAAGGGACAUUUGCAAAGGUUUACUAUGGUAGGAAUUUGAGAACGGGCCAAGGUGUGGCAAUUAAAGUAAUAGACAAGGAGAAGGUUUUAAGGGUCGGGCUCGUUAAUCAGAUCAAGAGAGAGAUAUCAAUUAUGAGGCUGGUGAAACACCCAAAUAUUUUACAGCUUUUUGAAGUCAUGGCUACCAAAACCAAGAUAUAUUUCGCGUUGGAAUAUGCCAAGGGGGGCGAGCUUUUUGAUAAGGUGUCCAAAGGAAAACUAAGGGAACCCGUUGCUCGUAAAUAUUUCCAGCAGUUGAUCAAUGCCGUUGAUUUUUGCCAUAGCAGAGGGGUCUAUCAUCGAGAUUUGAAACCUGAGAACUUACUCUUGGAUGAAAAUGACAAUCUGAAGGUUUCUGAUUUUGGGUUAAGUGCUCUUGCUGAAUCUAAGCAUCAAGACGGGCUACUUCACACCACGUGUGGGACCCCUGCGUAUGUGGCACCCGAAGUGAUUAAUAGGAAAGGAUACGAUGGAGAUAAAGCCGAUAUCUGGUCAUGUGGGGUUAUACUCUAUGUUCUGCUAACUGGUUAUCUUCCAUUCCAUGAUUCAAAUUUGAUGGAAAUGUAUAGAAAGAUAGGCAAGGGAGAUUUUAAAUGCCCAAAUUGGUUUCAACCCGACGUAAGGCGGUUACUGUCAAGAAUGUUGGAUCCAAAUCCCGCCUAUAGAAUCACGAUUGCAAAAAUUAAGGAAAAUCCGUGGUUUAAAAAGGGAACAAGCGUCAGAAAACCAAGAAACGAGGCUGAAAACAAGGAGUUGGUUCUUCCUAUGAGUUCCGAUGGAGCUUCAGGUUCGUCCCAGGAGAAACAAGACGUGACGAGGCCUCCAAAUUUGAACGCAUUCGACAUUAUUGCCCUCUCUCCGGGGUUUGACUUGACUGCAUUGUUUGAAGAACCUCGACACAGGAAAGAAGCAAGAUUUACUUCAUGGCGAACUGCCGCCAUCAUCAUCUCUAAGCUGGAAGAAAUUGCUAAACUUCUGAAGAUGAAGAUCAGUAAAAGAGAAGCGGGAUUGUUGAAACUGGAGGCGAUGAAGGAGGGUAAAAAAGGAAUAUUGUCGAUUGAUGCCGAGAUAUUUGAGCUCACCGACUCCUUCCAUAUGGUUGAAGUGAAAAAAUCAAAUGGAGAUACACUUGAAUACCUGAAGGUACUGAAUGAGGGCUUAAGACCUGGACUCCAAGAUAUAGUUUGGACAUGGGAACCUGAAGAACCACCACCGCAGCAACAACCCGAGCAACCAGUGCCACCAGUGCCGCCACUGCCAUCACCACAGCAGGACCAGUUGCCCUGAGCGACAUACACACACAACUAUCCAGGUAUCUCAUAUUUAUACAUCUUCAUAUGUUGCUUUUCCCCUUAGUCUGUGUGAUUGUUGUUAUAGAUUCUAUUUUGAACAAUGAAAUUUGCAUGUGAUUUUGUCAUAUGGCUUUACUUGGCUAAACACAAUAUUUCUUACAACUAGAUAAAAGUUAAAAAUCUGGCUUGUUUAUG